CCCCAACAACAGCAACAACCCCCAACCCAUUCUCCACAAUGGCUUCCCUACCAUCCUCAAAGAUCCACCUCCUCACCCCCCCAGAACCAGGGAAAAAAGCCGCAGCAAAAACAUACAUAAUCUACUUCAUCACAGGCAACCCCGGCCUGAUAGAAUACUACCGCAACUUCCUCGUCCACCUCUACGGCCUGCUCACACGCGACACCGCCUCAGACCGGGAUGUGGAAUUCCAAGUCUACGGGCGCUCCCUCUCGGGCUUUGAAAUGCGAUCAUCCGAUAUCAAGACCCUGAAAUGGCGGAAAAACCCCCCUUACGGACUGCAAGACCAAAUCCGACACGCUGAGGAAGACGUCACGGACCUGGUCGAAGAAGCAAAAGACCAGGGCGCCAGAGAUGUACGUGUGAUUCUAAUGGGCCACUCGGUCGGCGCCUACAUCUCACUCGAGAUCCUGCGGCGGCUGCGCGCCCACGGGCUCGCGGGCGAAGACUUCGAGACCCGGAUCGCAGGCGCCAUUGGACUCUUCCCCACCGUUGUAGACAUCGCGAGGAGCGAGAGCGGAAUCAAGGUAUCGCCGUACCUGAAGAACUCCAAUUUCGCUGCCUUCGCCUCGGCGUUCGUCGGAUUCAUCACGCUCCUUCUCCCUGUUUCUUUCCUAGCCACGCUCAUCAAGAGUUUCAUGGGCUUCCCCGAGGACGCGGCGCACACAACGGCUUCGUUUGUAAAAUCACCACACGGCAUCCAGCAGGCGCUCCACAUGGCGCGCGACGAGAUGUUCCAGAUCGACACGGAUAUCUGGGAUGAUGAUGUGUGGGGUGCGGCUGUGGCGUCGAAGUCAGGACAUCCGCACCCGCGGCCCAUUCUGCGGUUCUUGUUUGGGCAGAAGGACCAUUGGGUUGCGGACGGGACGCGGGAUCAGCUGAUCAAGGCGCGUGGGCGAGGCAUGGUGGAGCAGGCGGGAGAGGAAUGGAAGCCGGUUAUGGAGAUUGAUGAGCGUGAGAAUUGGCCGCAUAAUUUUUGCAUAGAUCAUAGUGUGCCUGUUGCGGAGAAGAUGGCUUGGUAUGUGAGGGAUAUCGUGGAGCAGGAUGUGCAGAGCAAGUAGGGGUUUGACUGGGAUUACUAGCUAUGAACUAGGAAUAAUAAUCAUACGCGUUCAGCGUAUGGCAUGUUGCA